AUGUCGUUCGGCCUUGGCGUCAUCAACUGUAAGACCAUAUGCCUUACACAACUCCCUCCAGCAAUCGGGCUUUUGGGGAGAGUCAACCCGAACUGUUCUGUUCUACCACUCGUGCCAUCACGGAAUGCGUCUCUUGUUCGACUACCUCCGCUCCACUCUGUCAAAUCCAAAGUUCUACAUGGAAAACUGACCAAGCUUAAGUCCAGCUUAGGGGCGGUCAUAAGGGUCCGGCGCUCUGUGACGGAGACUGAGACUGAAGCGAUUGCUAGCAAGAUGCCGCUGCCCAUGAGGUUGCCGCCAGACGGGGCAUUGGCGUUUACCAACGCGCACGUUGCCAUACGUGCUUGUUCGGGCAGUGGCAAGAUCUCACUCAUUCUCAAUUUGCUGCAAAUGAUGGAAGAAAGAGAGGGAAAAAUCGAGUUAGAUGGCAUAGACGUGUCAACACUGGUGCCAGCUGAGCUCCGUUCCCGUUUCAAGUUUGUAUCUCAAUACUUCUUUCUGAUGCCCGGCAACGUUCAUUUCGACAUCGAUUCUCUCGGCGCGUGCUUGGACGACGCAGAUAUAUCUUGGGCUCUGGAAAAAUUGGCUGUUGUAAUAUCGUCCGAAACCAAGGCGACUUGGAUCAGGAGCCUGGGUAUCGAUGCAGAAUCGCUCACGCAGAGCAUUGUCGACACGGAGUUCGGCGGCUGCACGGUGCUGGCUGUUAUGCACCUACCAGCGCACGUAGCUCUUAACAACAGAGUUGCGUUGAUUGGUGAUGGGGAGCUUUUGGAAUCUGGCGAGCCAUAUUUCUUGAUUUUUGACGAGGGCAAGUUUUCCGAGCUACACAGGCUGAACAGAAACUUAUCUGAGAAUUCGCCUCUCCGUCUCGAUUGA